AUGUGUGUGGUCUUUUUACAUUCAUCUGAUCAUGCACUAUGUUUGAUUUAUGAGAACAUCAAUUUAAAGCUGCCGCAUAACACUGGCAAUUUCAACUCAACUAAUGCACAUAACACUGGCAAUUUAAACUCAACUAAUGCUGGUUCUAGGCGAUAUGAGCAUGAAAGUGCUGAUGGGAAUAUUAAUGCCAUACUGGAGGAAGAGGAGGCCUUGAUUGCCGCUCAUAGGAAAGAGAUUGAGGAUACAAUGGAGAUCGUUCGGAAAGAAAUGAAACUGUUAGCAGAAGUGGACCAGCCAGGAAGUCUCAUCGACAACUACGUGGCUCAGUUGAGCUUUGUUCUGUCUCGAAAGGCUGCUAGUCUGGUUAGCCUCCAAGCUCGUCUUGCAAGGUUCCAGCAUAGACUUAAGGAGCAGGAGGUACUUAGCCGGAAAAGAGUACCUCGCUGAGGCAACAUUUUGUGUGUCUGUAUAAUGAUGGCUUCGUAUUCUCUCUUGAAAUUUCUCAUCCCAAAUUUCUUUAGUGUUCACAUCUUCUCUCUUUGGAAGAAGGGAUGGAAAACAAAAACAAAAGCAAAAACUUUAAAUUUUUAUUUUUUAUUUUCGCCCUUGCACAGUUAGGAGCAAAAGGAGGAGGAGCCAUCCUAGAAUCAUCUCUGGGAGAGGAGAGUGCAGACUUGGGCUGUUCACAUCCAGGCGGCUGUUCAUGUCUCUUGUAGUGUUGUUGUAAUUCGUUUAUAUUUUGAAGAUAAGUCUGAUGAGUUCUUGCCAGGUUUUAUGGGUUGUGUACUAUGGGCUGUUGUUCAAUGCCGACUGAAUUUGAACUCAAAUAUUUUUAGGAAAGAAAAAGAAAUUCAAUAGAUUCGUUUUUUCAUUCUCUCCCGACCCUUUGUAUAUGGAAAUAGUUUGGAAAUUCAAUAUUUCAACAAUGCCGUUGGAGAUUCAAUGACAUUUUAUUUGGUUAUGAGAAAGCUUGUAAUCUUAUCUUA